AUUUGGUAGGUAGGGUAUACGAAAGUAUUAUCAAUUUAGUGACUCAAACGUUAUAUUAUUAAGAAAAUGAAUGUGAUUAAGAAGAGAUGAUGGAGUAUUUUUGUCAUUUUUACCAUCAUUUCAACUCUAUUUGGUCUCUCCCAAAUGAGUGAACCUCCGAACUUAAACAUCAAAUGUCAUUUGAAUUUCUAAGGUUUUACCCACACGUUAGUGUUUUGUCUUGUAGGAUUACCAAUUGGACAAAUCAUCCUUUUUGGCGUACUCUUAGGACAAUCUUGUUAAAUUCCAAUAUUACCCUCACACCAAUAAUUAUCCUAAGCAACUUGUAUUAAAAAACACCAAAAUUAAUUAAAGCUCCUUUUAGUCAUCAGUUGGAUACUUGGAUCUUAUUCAUUUCGUGUUGUGUCAUUGUAUCAUGUAUCAUGUAUCAUGUGUAAUGUGUAUGUGUCCUCUUAAACUUCAGAAAGUCACAUAUUCUUGAUUACUUCAUCAUACCAUUCCUUUAUGUGAUCAAUACCCAAAUCACCAACUAAAACACUCACUCACUCACUCACCUUGAAAAACCAUACAAUAAGCAAUGGCGAUGACAGGAAACAGUAUGCAAGGAUAUCAAGUAGUCCACCAGCAGCCGCAAGCAAGCAACGACAUAAAAGGCAUGGAGCCUAAACUCUACUUUGCAGCAUUAAGCGGAUCCUUUCUAGACUUAACACGGUGUAUGCCAGAUUGGAACACACAAACAACCAUCACAGGUAACAAUGUUCUACACGUUCACGUUGGGAAAUCACUCUACGGCCACGGCCACAAAGCAGCUAAAGAUCAGAAAGUGGCUAGGGUGAUCAAUAUCAAGCUUAUCAAAGAAGUCCUUGAUUAUGAUAGUUCGUUGCUAUGGAAGGAGAAUAAUAACGGAAAUACCCCUCUGCAUCUUGCUGCUAGAUUCGGGUUAUCAGAUGUGGUUCAAGUCUUCCUGGAACGAGCUUAUAGUGAGGUUAGUUUCCUGGUUAGGAUGACUAAUAAUAAGAAGGAUACAGCCUUGCACGAGGCUGCACGUGUAGGUCAUGUUGAUGUGGUGAGACGGCUAGUGAAGGCGCAUUUUUGUUGUCCGAAUGAGGCUAAUGAGGUGGGUGAGACUCCCCUUUAUCUUGCUGCUGAGAGGGGAUCUACUGAGUCGGUAGCUAUUAUUAUAGACACUUGCGAUCAUGCAGCUCUUGCUUAUCGAGGUCCUAGUGGUAGAACAGCUCUUCAUGCUGCUGUUCAGUGGGGAAAUUCAGUGAUGGUAAAGAAGUUGUUGGAAAAAGAUCCGUCGUUAAUCAGGGUCCGGGACAACGAGGGGCAGACACCACUUCAUUCAGCAGCUGCAGAGGUGAGCAAACUCGAACUUUUGAAGGUGUUGUUAGAUUACGACAAGAAAGGAUCAUCAGCAGUAUAUAUUCCAGAUAAUAAGGGAAGAACAGCAUUGCAUAUUGCAAUGCUCCGGCUUUCUUGGGGAGCAAUGAAGGCGCUCAUGGCUUACUGUCCAGACUGUAUCGAAAUAGUUGACAAUGAUGAGCAGAAUGUUGUUCAUUAUGCUGCCAAAUGGAAUUGUUUAACCAAAAUUGAUACUUUCCUGGGGUUAGGACACUUUGAUGAGCUUCUUAAUCAGAAGGAUGUAGAUGGGAAUACUCCUCUCCAUUUGAUUGUUGACUCUAUUCCCAAAAAUUUCACUCAUCCGUGUUUACUUAAAGUCGGAAAUUUCAUUGUUAAUCAUACCGUGUUGGACCUCAAAGUGUUCAACAAACAAGACCUUACGGUUGGGGAUAUCUUGGCUUCUUAUGACCGUAUCAUUCGUCGAGAAAGUAUAUUACAAGGACUAACGGGUAAAGUAGCACCAAGAGGUAGGAGAAUCAACACAUAUGAAACAGAUCUAGAUGUUGAGAAAGCAAGGGGUGAUGAUCUAGGAGAAGGGACAAACGUAGUGACACUGAAAGAAGCAGCACAAAGUCGUUUAGUAGUUGCUGCCUUGAUAGCAACAGUAUCAUUCACAGCCGGGUUUACCUUACCCGGUGGGUUUGAUCAAAACAUAGGUGACGACAUGGGGAUGGCCGUGCUUAAGGGCAGGACAGCCUUCAAGAUAUGUUUAAUCUCCAACGCGGUAGCCUUCAUGUCAUCAACUAUAGCCAUACUACUUUACUUUGUUCUUGUAACAACAGGUUCGACUUGGUUCAUACGAGUUCUUUCGUCUCACGGUCUAAUAUUGAACACGUUCUCAUUGGGUGCACUCAUGGUAGCAUUCACCACAGGAGUGUCGGUCGUGGUAUCUGCCAACCUCGCCCUCGUGAUCGUGUUAUGGGUGUUCUCUACAUUUUUCUUUGUGUAUUAUGUAAUAUUAAUCCUCCAAACGUUCGGGAUUUCGCUGUUUUAUGCCAGGAGGUGUAGCCUCAGGCGUGCUACUGCUGGCUGAUCUAUGCCAUGAUAUCAUAUAUAGUUGGCCUGUCAAAUGUAACAACUACUAGCUCCAUCCAUCACAUUAUGUUCUUACUAUGAAAUGAUUGAAUUCAUGAUCUUGAUUAAUUAUGACCUUUGA